AUGGAAGAGGGCCCGCUGCCAGACCUCAGAGACAUCGAGCUAAAGCUGGGACGCAAAGUACCCGAGAGCCUAGUGCGCUCGCUCCGCGGGGAGGAGCCGGUUCCCGGGGAAAGGGACAGAGACCCCUGCGGGGGGAGCUGCAGCGGCGGCGGCGGUGGUUGCUGCAGUAGCAGCAGCAGCUGCUGCAGCUUCCCUCCCUCCUUAACAUCCUCCUCUUCGUCCUCCCCAACCUCUGGCUCCCCACGACGUAGCCACUCCAGCGCCCUGGAAAGGCUGGAAACCAAGCUUCACCUCCUCAGGCAAGAGAUGGUUAACCUCAGAGCCACAGAUGUCAGACUUAUGCGUCAGUUGCUCCUCAUCAAUGAGAACAUCGAGUCCAUCAAGUGGAUGAUGGAGGAAAAAGCCACCAUCACUAGCCGAGGCAGCAGUCUCAGUGGCAGUCUGUGCAGCCUGCUGGAGAGCCAGAGCACCUCCUUACGCGGCAGCUACAACAGCCUGCAGGAUGGCAGUGAUGGGCUAGAUGGCAUCUCUGUGGGAAGCUACCUGGACACUUUGGCUGAUGAUGUCCCAGGCCAUCAGACCCCUUCAGACUUGGACCAGUUCAGUGACGGCUCCAUCAUAGAGGACUCACAAACCCUACACAAGCCUCCUAAAUUGGAUUCUGACUACUACUGCUUUGGCUAAUGACCCAGUUUUUUGCAUGGGACUGGUGUGCAAUUAACUUGUAUGUAUCCUUCUUCUCCGCUGCUAUAUUUUUUGUGUGAUUUUGUAAAAUAAGACAACCUUUUAAAAGAAGCUUAUUUUUAAACUGCUUAAUGACAUUUCUGUUGCUCCUAAUAUUUCUCAUCUAGACUGAUUUAUUUUUCUCUGUUACAUCUCUAUUUUUAUUUAUUAAAAUGAUUUUCCUCCCUUCUUUUAGAGUAGCACAAACAAAGUAGGGGGAAAAGAAUAAGCAAUAAUUAUGUUUUUGCUUUUGUUUUCAGAGCAAGGGGUCAGGGAUUACAAGGAAAACUUUACUAAAUUUUACAAUAAAC